AUGCUGUCAACAUUGUCAAUGCCAUCAAUGCCGCCAUCAACCUCGUCUCUCACCACAGGCUUGGCAAGCUUUACCCCUGGGAGAUGUGCAGAAUCUGCACUUGCAGUUCUCCCCCAAUGGCCUCACAGCCCUCAUCGCCCCCGCAUACUGCGCUGGAGUAAAUCCAGUAUUUUACAGCCAGCCCCGACAUCGUCAACACCGCCAUCAACGUCGUCGACAAUGCCGCUACAUGUUGACGACGUCAACAAUGUCAUCCUAACCCCACUUGCUUCGUCUGCCGCGGGCGUUGGCUGGUCUCCACACCCUCAGCUUUGUUUAACCCAACUAACUCAUCGCCAUGGGACGUCGUUUAGACACCAAACGACGUUCCAAACUCCCCUGCUUUGUCUGCCCCACCCCAUCGCUGUGGCACGUCGUUUUCACGCCGAACGAUGUUCCAAACCCACCUGCUUCGUCAACGUCGUCGCCGUCCCCAGCCCCGACGUCAUCAACGCCACUACAUGUUGA